CUCUCGAGAGGGUUUCAUUCAUUCUACAGAUAUAUCAUCAUCUCUCUCUUCCCGUCUGCUUCCGUUCUUCGUCUUCGUCUUCUUUCGUAUUGUCGCGAGACUAUAAAGAGAGAAGAAGCCACAGAAAAAAAACUCCAAAAAAGCUUCGUUAUUUCGUUUCAGAUCUAAGAGAGGGACAGAGAGAGGUAGCUGUUUUUUUUUUUUUAAAGGCGGAUAAAGAUGAGCAGCAAGGUGGGCGGCGGCGGAAGUGCCGGAGGGAGGAAAGCUAAUAACGAUAUCCCGUCAGGGUCUAGAGAAAUAGUAAAAAGCUUGAAGGAAAUUGUAAACGCUCCCGAGGCUGAGAUCUAUGCUAUGCUUAAAGAGUGCAAUAUGGAGCCUAACGAAGCCGUUGCUCGCCUCCUCUCUCAAGAUCCAUUUCACGAGGUAAAGAGCAAGAAAGAAAAGAAGAAAGAGACUAGGGAUACACCGGAUUCUCGGCCUCGUGGUGCUAAUAACACGUAUAACCGUGGUGCUAGAGGUGGUUCUGAUCGUUAUAGCGGGAGAGGUGGAUCUACCCAUUUCAGCUCUACAGAUUCUGGAAACUUCCAAGGAAAAUCCACAAACAAGAAAGAAAGUGGACCACAAGGUUACACAGCUUCUUGGUCUUCUGCUUCUGGAGUGGCGGACCACCAUCAGACACAAAACAGUGAUUCCGUCGCUACGGAAAAUAAAUUGUCAUCUGUUACCUCGGGUGAUGUAAUAUCAUCAUCACAGCCGGCUUCUGGACAUCAAACUGCAUGGUUUGGCGCUCCUGGCCAGAGGUCUAUGGCUGACAUUGUGAAGAUGGGUAUACCACAGAACAAGACAGUGAAGCAAAAUGUCAAUAUGCGUUCUGAGAUAAGUCAUGAGCAUGAAGCUAGUGCAAAUCAGCAGGUCCCUGUUAGAGAUGAAUGGCCAUCGAUUGAGAAGCCACUGGCACCUCGUACAUCUUCUGUAUCAGUAGCACCAGCAGAAUCAGAGGUAUGCAAUGGUCCAGCUGAUUUCCAAUCCGAUAGAGGAGAGCAACAUUUGAAGGACCGGUUAGAAAAUAUACAUUUAGCAGAAAAUGAACCUUCUCAAAUUCGUGGAGUCGAUCAUGUGCAAGCUGACUCUGUUCAAGAAGAUGACUCUGCAGUUUCAUCAGAAUUUGAUGAUAAUCCAUAUCAGACACAGAACCAUCCAGUAGAGCACCACAAAGAUGACGAUGAUGUUUCGUCUCGUCCAGCCAAUUAUCAACAACAAACCGUAGAUAGUCAUGAUCAAGAAGCCUCACAUGAAGAAGAUAGACCUGCUGUUGUAAUUCCAAACCAUUUGCUAAUCCAUACCGAAGAAUGCUCGCAAUUAAGUUUCGGAAGCUUUGGAGGUUUUGGAUCAAGACCUUUGAGCAACAGCGUAGAAGAGACUUCUGAUGUAGCUCCACAGAUUGAACAUCCAGAUGCAAGAAAUACUGAGUACUAUGGCGAUGAACAUCUUGAAGGUACAGCCAAUGGAAAUAUGGUCCACGCACCUGCUACUGAAAAUUAUGAUGAAUCUUUAGAGUCGAGGCGAGAGGUUUUGAAGCAAGAAAACUCUGAGGGCGCUCAGGAGCACCAGUACACAUUUGCGCAGCCUGAGCCAGGGUAUGCGUAUGAAAAUGCUAAGCAGCAGCAGAUGAAUACUGUAUAUGAUGCCUCACAGACAAAUGCACAGAAUCAGAUGCAGAAUCUUGCUUCGUUAUCAAAUGUGAUGCAGGGGUAUACUCACUCAGUUCCCAACGCUUUAUUUGCACAAACAGCACAAAGUGUGAGGGAACUUGAGUUCCAGUACUCACCUUUCUCAGUUGCACAGUCUCUGCAGUCAAGAAAUAGCAACAAUGCUUCAUCACUUGGUGGCCAAAGCAUUUCCAUGCCAGAGGCUCUCCGAGGCAGUGGAAUCCCGGCAACACAGCCAGCUCAGCAAACCUUACCUAGUGCUAAUAUCGCUACUGGACCAGCUCUUCCUCAACAGCUUCCAAUGCAUCCUUACUCUCAACCCACAUUGCCUCUAACGCACUAUGCAAACAUGAUCAGUUAUCCUGUAAUGCCUCAGAACUAUCCAUACAUGCCAUCUGCUUUCCAGCAAACAUUUGGUAACAGCUCAUAUCACCAGCUAGCUGCCUCAUUGCUUCCGCAGUACAAAACGAACGUCUCUCCCGGUAAUCUGCCUCAGUCUGCAACGGCGCCUGCCUCCGCUUAUGGAUUUGGAAACUCAACCAACGUUGGAUCUGCUGCAAGCUUCCCUCUUAACCAACAGUCUGCUCCUACUGGUACAACACUCGAUUAUGAAGAUGUUCUUAGUUCUCAAUACAAAGAGAGUAAUCACUUACUGGCACUUCAGCAACAGCAGCAGCAGCAGCAGCAGCAGCAACAUCAGCAACAACAGCAGAACGAAAACUCGGCGAUGUGGCAUCACGGUCAUGGUUCCAGAACCAUGUCAGGUGUCCCAGCUAACACGUACUACAACCUCCAAGCACAGCAGCAAUUACAACUACACCAACAACAACAACAACAACAGCAGACCCAGCAAGCAGCGGGAGGAUAUCGCCAAGCUCAGCAACAACAGCAUUAUGGAUCUCAUGGAUACCCAAAUUUCUAUCAGUCCCAAACUGAAAUGUCACUCGAGCGCCAGCAGCAAAACCCUAGGGAUGGUGCUGGGUCUCAGGCUGGUCAACAGUCGAAUCAAACCCAGCAGCAGCUCUGGCAAAACUCGUACUAAAAAUAAAGAAAGAGAGUGGUUUUUUCAGCUUCUUUCAGUUAUAGAGGUUUGUGUGGCGAGUCUGAAGAGGAAAAAUAUGGGUCUGUUCUGGAUGUAAUUUAUCAUCAUCGUUUGUCUCCUCUGUUAACUUAGGGAACACACAACUCUGAUUUCAUCAAUGCAACUUAAGAAAGGAAACUUUUUUAACUCUUGUCUCAGUACUUUUCUUGUCUAAAUGUUUGAAUGUAAAACA